GGCGGGGACUUUAUGGGAUCGACAGUAUGCCAGAUCUCCGCAGGAAGAAGACUUUGCCUAUUGUACGAGAUGUGGCCAUGACUCUGGCUGCCCGGAAAUCUGGACUCUCCCUGGCUAUGGUGAUUAGGACAUCACUAAAUAAUGAGGAACUGAAAAUACAUGUCUUCAAGAAGACCUUGCAGGCUUUGAUCUACCCCAUGUCCUCCACCACCCCACACAAUUUUGAGGUCUGGACGGCUACAACACCUACCUAUUGUUACGAGUGUGAAGGGCUCCUGUGGGGCAUUGCCCGGCAAGGCAUGAAGUGUCUGGAGUGUGGAGUGAAAUGCCACGAAAAGUGUCAGGACCUCCUGAACGCUGACUGUUUGCAGAGAGCAGCAGAAAAGAGCUCUAAGCAUGGUGCCGAAGACAAGACUCAGACCAUUAUUACAGCCAUGAAAGAAAGAAUGAAGAUCAGGGAGAAAAACAGGCCAGAGGUGUUUGAAGUAAUUCAGGAAAUGUUUCAGAUUUCUAAAGAAGAUUUUGUGCAGUACACAAAGGCGGCCAAACAGAGUGUAUUGGAUGGGACAUCUAAGUGGUCAGCAAAAAUAACUAUUACAGUGGUUUCUGCACAAGGCUUGCAGGCAAAAGACAAAACAGGGUCGAGUGACCCAUAUGUGACAGUUCAAGUUGGAAAGAACAAAAGAAGGACUAAAACCAUUUUCGGAAACUUGAACCCAGUAUGGGAUGAGAAGUUUUAUUUUGAGUGCCAUAACUCCACAGAUCGAAUCAAAGUCAGAGUCUGGGAUGAAGAUGAUGACAUUAAGUCCAGAGUCAAGCAACAUUUCAAAAAGGAGUCAGAUGAUUUUCUGGGACAAACAAUUGUAGAAGUGAGGACCUUGAGUGGAGAAAUGGAUGUCUGGUACAACUUAGAGAAACGGACAGAUAAGUCAGCUGUAUCUGGGGCCAUUCGAUUGAAAAUCAAUGUGGAAAUAAAAGGAGAGGAGAAGGUUGCUCCAUAUCAUAUACAAUAUACAUGUUUACAUGAGAAUCUGUUCCAUUACUUGACUGAAGUGAAAUCUAAUGGUGGAGUAAAAAUCCCAGAGGUCAAAGGGGAUGAAGCCUGGAAGGUUUUCUUUGAUGAUGCUUCCCAAGAAAUAGUUGAUGAAUUUGCCAUGCGUUAUGGGAUUGAAUCCAUUUAUCAAGCUAUGACGCACUUUUCAUGUUUGUCUUCUAAAUACAUGUGCCCUGGUGUCCCUGCUGUCAUGAGCACCUUGCUGGCGAAUAUAAAUGCUUUCUAUGCUCACACAACAGUUUCAACAAAUGUACAAGUUUCUGCCUCAGAUCGAUUUGCCGCUACCAACUUUGGUAGGGAAAAAUUCAUAAAACUGCUGGACCAGUUGCAUAACUCUUUAAGGAUUGACCUGUCAAAGUACAGGGAAAACUUUCCUGCCAGCAAUGCCGAAAGACUGCAGGACCUGAAGUCAACGGUUGACCUUCUAACAAGUAUCACCUUUUUUAGGAUGAAGGUUCUGGAGCUACAAAGCCCACCAAAGGCCAGCUUGGUGGUGAAGGACUGUGUCAGGGCUUGCCUGGAUUCUACAUACAAGUAUAUUUUCGACAAUUGCCAUGAACUCUAUUUCCAGCUGAUAGACCCGGGGGUAAAAGGGGUCAAGGAAGGCUUUCAGGAAGAAGUGACUUCUAAGAAGAUACAUAAAGAAGAAUUAAGAGUUAAGCAAGCAGGGUUUCCUCAAGAACUGAACAUGGGAAAAAUAAGUGCUGAAAUUAUGUGGACCCUUUUUGCUCAGGAUAUGAAAUAUGCACUAGAAGAACAUGAAAAGCAGCGGUUAUGCAAGAGCACCGAUUAUAUGAAUUUGCAUUUCAAAGUGAAAUGGUUUUAUAAUGAAUAUAUGCGAGAACUUCCUGCCUUCAAGGAUGCUGUUCCUGAAUACUCCUUGUGGUUUGAACCUUUUGUCAUGCAGUGGCUAGAUGAAAAUGAAGAUGUGUCAAUGGAGUUCCUUCAUGGAGCACUGGGAAGAGACAAAAAAGAUGGAUUCCAGCAGACAUCUGAUCAUGCCCUCUUCUCUUGUUCUGUGGUUGAUGUCUUUGCUCAGCUUAAUCAGAGCUUUGAGAUUAUUAAGAAACUGGAAUGCCCUAAUCCUGAAGCAUUAUCUCACUUAAUGAGAAGAUUUGCAAAGACUAUCAAUAAAGUACUGCUUCAGUAUGCUGCAAUUGUAUCAAGUGAUUUCAGUUCAUAUUGUCAUAAGGAAAACGUGCCCUGUAUAUUGAUGAACAAUAUUCAACAAUUGCGAGUCCAGCUGGAAAAAAUGUUUGAAUCUAUGGGAGGAAAAGAGCUAGAUCCUGAAGCUAGUACUAUUCUAAAAGAACUUCAAGUUAAACUCAAUGGGGUUCUGGAUGAGCUCAGCGUCACUUAUGGUGAAAGUGUCCAGCUGAUCAUUGAAGAGUGCAUAAAACAGAUGAGUUUUGAACUAAAUCAAAUGAGAACAAAUGGAAAUACCACAUCUAAUAAGAACAGUGCAGCAAUGGAUGCAGAGAUUGUAUUAAGACCUCUCAUGGACUUCUUAGACAAAACAUUAAGUCUCUCAGCAAAAAUCUGUGAGAAAACAGUCCUGAAGCGAGUUUUGAAAGAGCUAUGGAAGCUAGUCCUUAACAAAAUAGAAAAGCAGAUUGUUCUCCCUCCUCUGACAGAUCAAACAGGACCCCAGAUGAUUUUCAUCGCAGCUAAAGAUCUUGGACAAUUAUCUAAACUGAAGGAGCACAUGAUUCGAGAAGAUGCCAAGGGUCUGACACCAAGACAGUGCGCUAUAAUGGAGGUGGUCCUGGCUACCAUCAAGCAAUACUUUCAUGCAGGAGGAAGUGGCCUGAAGAAGAAUUUCCUGGAGAAAAGCCCAGAUCUUCAGUCUCUGAGAUAUGCUCUCAGUCUUUAUACCCAAACUACUGAUGCCUUGAUAAAGAAAUUCAUAGACACUCAAACCUCACAGAGUCGCUCCUCCAAAGAUUCAGUGGGUCAGAUAUCUGUUCAUGUGGACAUCAUCCCCACCCCAGGAACUGGAGAGCAUAAAGUCACUGUAAAAGUGAUUGCUAUUAAUGACCUACACUGGCAGACCACUGCAAUGUUCCGCCCCUUUGUGGAAGUUUGUAUACUGGGACCCAACCUUGGAGACAAGAAGAGAAAACAAGGCACAAAGACAAAAAGCAACACAUGGUCACCAAAGUACAAUGAAACAUUUCAGUUCAUUCUGGCUAAUGGAAACCACCCAGGGGCAUAUGAACUUCAUCUCUCAGUUAAGGAUUACUGCUUUGCCCGAGAAGAUCGAAUUAUCGGAAUGACGGUAAUUCAACUACAGAACAUAGCGGAAAAGGGAAGCCAUGGGGCAUGGUAUCCCCUUUUGAAAAAUGUCUCUAUGGAUGAAACUGGUUUGACUAUCCUUAGAAUACUCUCUCAGAGGACCAGCGAUGAUGUGGCUAAAGAAUUUGUAAGACUUAAGUCUGAAACAAGAUCUGCUGAAGAGAGUGCUUGAAACAAAUACUGCAAGAUUUCAUCUUUGAGCGUUCGUAAACUAUAAGUGUUUGACUACUGCAUGCAUGUGCAAAUACAUGGGAAUGUUUAUUUCACUAUGUUUCAGUGUUUGCCAGUACUCAAUGUCUACAAGGUAUGUGAAAAACCUGCUGAACUUUUAUACCAAUUCUGGUCUUUGGGAAAUAAAUAUUCCAUGAAGUGCCAAAAUUAUGAUGCAAAGUGAAAUAUCUAGACUAUAUUUUAAAAUGUUUAUUUCAUUUCAUUACCCAUUUCUCACCCAUUAAACAUA